CAAUGUAAAUUUUAGUCAUAUUUACUUUACGAGUCCACUUAACAUCCCCGAUUGACGGAAAUCAUUAUUUUGUUUGCAGUCUAACUAGGCUCGGUUCGGUGGCUAUUUUUAUUUAAAUGCACAUUUGAGCUCUUCCUGUUGCGUUAUCACUUCUUUCACAGUGGGCGGGUUGUACUAAAUGAGUUUGAGAGACCGUGGGAGCAUUCAGCAGUGCAAAACAAUGUAUAGACAUGUGUUCUUAACAGGGCCUCCAGGUAUUGGAAAAACAUCUCUAAUACAGAAAACAUCUGAAGUGUUAAAAUCAUCUGGAAUCUCAAUUGAUGGGUUCUAUACAGAAGAAGUUCGACAUGGAGGCAGAAGAAUAGGAUUUGAUGUUGUUACCAUGACAGGAAAACGUGGAAAUUUGGCAAGGAUUGGUGCUGAUCAAACUUCUGGUAAUUGGGAAUGCAGAGUUGGACGUUACAUUGUGGAUCUUAUAUCAUUUGAACACUUGAUACUUCCUCUACUGAAUGUUAUUGGGACAUCUGAAGACCCUGUACACAAAUCUGUGUUUGUUAUAGAUGAGAUUGGAAAAAUGGAACUCUUUAGUCAUUCAUUUACCGAUGUUGUACCUAAAAUAUUGGAUAGCCCUGGUACUGUGGUACUUGGAACUAUUCCAGUACCCAAAGGAAAAACAUUACCUCUUGUCGAAAAAAUAAGACGGCGACAUGACGUUAAAGUGUUUCAUAUUACAAGAGAAAAUAGACAUGACCUGCUACAAGAAAUUGUGAAUUUCAUAAAGGACUGCUGCAAAUAAGCUACGGUGCUUAAAUUCAAUGGGCACAUGCUCAAUAAUUACAGUAUUAUUGGUCUUUAUAUUAAACAAAAUAUCUACUGUAUAUGCAUGGAAAAACUCAUAAAACAUAUUUAAACCCUA